CUCUAGGUUGAUCUGUCAGACCUCAGCCUACCUCCGGCAGCUUGGUUGCCUUACACUCCACGCCGAGAGCUCACCAUGAAGAUCGAAUUUGCACCUAGAAACGUGCCCCUGGACAGGAGGCUACAGACGGCUGCAGUUCUCCAGUGGGUCUUCUCCUUCCUCUGCCUUGCCCAGAUCUGCCUUGCGCUCUUCUUCAUCCUGCUGUUCACCCGUUUCUGGCUCAUCAGUGUGCUGUAUGCUGUGUGGUGGUUCUGGGACUGGGAGACGCCCUCUAAGGGGGGCAGGAAGAUCCCCUACCUCUGUAACAGCCGAAUGUGGGACUACAUGAGACAAUACUUCCCCAUCAAGCUCGUUAAGACAGCUGAUCUGGACUCCAGGCAAAACUACAUACUGGGCUUCCAUCCCCAUGGGAUCCUGGUGGCCGGGGCCUUCACUAACUUCUGCACUGGGGGCACUGGCUUCAGCACGCUUUUCCCAGGACUGAACACCUAUCUGCUCAUGUUGCCCCUGUGGUUCCGUGCCCCAUUCUUCAGGGACUACAUCAUGUUUGCAGGGUUAAUCCCUUCUGAUAAAGAAAGUGCCAGCUACCUGCUGCGUCGGAAAGGAGGGGGCAAUGCAGUGGUGAUUGCAGUGGGUGGAGCCCCUGAAGCCUUGGAUGCCCGACCGGGGGCUUACUGCGUGCUACUGGCCCAGAAGAAGGGCUUCAUCAAACUGGCUAUGGAGCAUGGUGCCCACCUGGUGCCAGUGUACUCGUUCGGCGAGAAUGAGCUCUUCGACCAGGUGGAGAAUCGCAAAGGCACCUGGCUAAGGUGGAUUCAGGAGCGACUGCAAAGCGUCAUGGGUAUCUCUCUACCUCUUUUCCACGCACGUGGUGUCUUCCAGUACAGCUUUGGUCUCAUGCCAUACAGGAAACCAAUAAAUACAGUUGUGGGCAAGCCAAUCAGAGUGGAGAAGUGUGAGAAGCCGUCGGCCGAUGAUCUGGAUGCUCUUCAUCAGCUCUACAUGGACGAACUGAGCAAACUGUUUGAGGAGCACAAGGGCAAAUAUGGAGUGCCUGAGGAUACACAUCUGAGCUUCAUCUGAGACGGACUCUUCCUCCCUCUUCCACAUCUAUACAUACACACACAUACACACACACACACACACACACACACUC